AUGGACCAAACCAUCCCCAAUCCUGAGGUCCUCUACGCCCUCCGUGAGGUACGGCUAGGCCAAUCUCGUCUCAUGACGGCGAUCGAGUCCAUAUCCGACAGACUUGACCUCGGGCCUGCGACAUCCACCUUGCGGUCGGCAUCCAUUGGAGAUGCUUUCGAAGGCCAUCAUCGGGUGACCCCGGCGCCGCAGGAUGUCCAGUCCGCGAACGCAUCGUCGGGUGUCUCUUCGAGCCCCAAGCCUGGGUUCGCGUCCCGCAUCGUGCUCACGACCUAUCCCAAGCAGAUUGGCAUCGACCCCGUACCCAUGGAUUGGGGCAAUCCUGAUCCUGAGCAGCGAGGUCCCGUUGUUGUUUCGAGGUCGCCAUCCACCAUACGCCGCCGGAAUGGUCUUGGCGGCUCGUACUCCCUUUACUACGCCCUCGCCGUUGCCAGCAAGGAGUUGGAUGUUGAUCACAGACCCGACUUCACAAACACGGAACCAGCGGUUCGGAUUGGCCCGUUUCCUCAGUGGGGUGACCGCGGCAAGAUCGUGGCCAUGGAUCCCUGGGGCCAUUUGGCCCCCUGGACCUUCAAAGACAUGAUGGACCGAGCGAAUAUCGACCUGCGACCGACAAUCGCCGUCACCAAGGCUCAUAUGAAGCUUGCCGAGCUUGAGGACAGUGUCAAGAAUGGCCGAUUAUCACCGGACGGUAAGGUUUGCAUAAAUGAGCUUGGCGAGCUGGCCGUGACGAAGUUCGCUGUCGAACCGGUCUGGUAUCUGCCCGGCGUCGCGGAGAGAUUCGGCAUCGAUGAGGGAACUCUUCGCCGGUCGCUAUUCGAGCACACAGGCGGUAGCUAUCCAGAACUCAUCACUCGAGGAGACAUCAAAGUAUUCCUUCCCCCAAUCGGCGGCCUGACUGUUUAUUGCUUUGGAGACCCUGCCAAGAUGUCAGACGAGUCGGUGCGUUUGUCGCUACGAAUCCAUGACGAGUGUAACGGGAGUGACGUAUUCGGCUCCGACAUCUGCACUUGUCGGCCGUAUCUCCUGUUUGGCAUCGAGGAGGCGGUCAAGGAAGCGCAGAACGGGGGAAGCGGUGUCGUCAUCUACUUCAGAAAAGAGGGAAGAGCUCUUGGAGAAGUAACAAAAGUCUUGGUGUAUAACGCUCGAAAGCGGGGCGCCGAUCGAGCCUCCGAAUACUUCACGCGGACGGAGAAUAUCGCCGGGGUCAAAGACAUGCGCUUCCAGGCCUUGAUGCCAGACAUUCUCCACUGGCUUGGCAUCAAAAAGAUUGACAGGAUGCUGAGCAUGAGCAACAUGAAAUACGACGCUAUCGUGGGCCAGGGCAUUCCCAUACAUGAGAGAGUUGAGUUGCCGGAAGAGCUGAUCCCAGCAGACUCGAGGGUGGAGAUUGACGCCAAGAUCACCGCUGGCUAUUUUACCGCCGGCAAACGUCUUACAACUGAGGAGCUGCAGUCUGUCCAGGGACGGAUGUGGGAAGAGUGA